UUUUCAUUUAUUUAUUUGUUCAUUCACUUUACAUCUUGAUUGUACCUCCUACUCCCUCCUCUCCUUCCAGUUCUACACUUACAUUUUCCUCCCCACAUUACCCUCUUCCCUCUCUGAGGAGAAGGGGCGCCCCCUCCUUGGGUACCAUCUCACCCUGGGGUGAACACACAAUCUUACUGUGAGAAAAUUGAGAACAUUUGGGCCAUUGAGGUGUCUCAGCUGGUAAAGGUACUUUCAGCCAAGAAAGACAACCCAAGUGUGUGAUCCCCAGGACCCAAAUUAUUGGAAGGAGAGAAAAAAACUGUAAGUUGUCCUCUGACCUCCACAGACGUGCUCUGGCACACCUCUCCUCAACAACAUAAACAAACAAAUACAAUUUUUUUUUAAAAAGAUAAGUAGCUGUCUUCAGACACACCAGAAGAGGGCAUCAGAUCUCAUUACAGAUGGUUGUGAGCCACCAUGUGGUUGCUGGGAUUUGAACUCAGGACCUGUGGAUGAAUAGUCAGUGCUCUUAAUCACCGAGCCAUCUCUCCAGCCCAAAUAUCACGUUUAAAAGGCUUUAUUAUGGUCCAAGGGCACCUCCCCUCCAUAGUGUGUGUGUGUGUGUGUGUGUGUCUGUGUGUGUGUGUGUGUGUGUGUGUGUGUGUGUGUGUGUGUGUGUGAGAGAGAGAGAGAGAGAGAGAGAGGAGAGAGAGAGAGAGAGAAAGAGAGAGAGAUCGAUCUUGUUUAAUUAUGGUUUAUCUAAAAACUGGAAAGACACACAAAAAAACUAACAACAAAAAAAGCCUAAUAGAAUGUUUUUUCUGUUUGAAACAGUACAGAAGCACAGGAGCUUGGGUUCUUUUGUUGUUUUUUGUUGUUUUUCUUGUUUAUUGGAUUGUUUGAGACAAGAUCUCAUUAUGUAGCCUUGGCUGACCUGGAACUACUAUCUUGACAAGGCUGGCCUCAAGACUCCUCUGCCUCCAGAGUGCUGGGCUUUAAAGCAUGUGCCAUGUCACCUGGCUCUUUUGUGAUUUCUGAAUUUGACAUGACUAGGGUGACAAGGGACUGAAGAAAGGACAGCCACACUUACAGAAAUGAUGGGAUGGGUGGAUUGUUCUUGCUCUUAUGGUUCAGCAUAAGUUAACCAACAACCUGAAAUCCAGUGCAUUCAUUCUGUUCAGCCCAGGAGUAGUUAGCUAAUACUGGUAACCGAUCUCUUCUAAAGGACAGCUUCAGGUUGCAGUAAUUGUGGGAGGAAUCUGCAGCUGCUAGUUUUUGUGCACACUGGCAGCAUUCUCAUUAAGAUCAGAGAAAAGCUUUGCCAUAACUCUGAGGCUCAGCCUGGGGAGAGACUUUGCCACUUCCAUAAGCCUGAGGCAUUGCAGACCAUGUAAAACAGUAUACCUCUACUCAGUGUUUUAUCUAUACUUAACAUGCUCACUCUAUACUUCCUCUGCUCCCAGAGGCUCUUGUGUUCUGGGCUAGCCCUGAACUCACUAUGCAGUUGAGGACGACCUUGAACUCCUGAUGGUCUUGUCUCUUCAUCCCAAAUGUUGGGAUGACACGGUGACUGCCACACCAGGUAUAUUUUAUUUAUUUGUUUGUUUGUUUGUUUAUUUUUGAGGGAGGGUCCCAGCUGUCCUGGAACUUACUAUGUAAACCAGGCUGGUCUCAAAGUCGCAGAGAUCCUCCUGCCUCUGCCUCUUGGGUGUUGGGAUCAAAGGAUUGUACCAUAUGUCCAGUCUAAUAUUUUGAUUUUAAAUGUAUCAGUACACUCUUUUCUUAAAUGUAUAUUAUAGCUGGCCAGUGGCAGCACAUACCUUUAAUCCCAGCACUCAGGAGGCAGAUGCAGGUGGAUCUCUGAGUUCAAGGCUAGCCUAGUCUACAGACAGCUCCAGGACAGCCAAGGCUACACAAAGAAACCUUGUGUUACAAAAACAAAACAAAAAACAAACAAAAAAAGCCGCACAACCAAAUUAGUAUAUAGGUUACCUGACUCCAUGCGCAUAAAAUAUUGUCCUAGUUUGUAUUCUAUUACUGUGAUAAACCAUGGUCAAACAUAACUUAUAGAAGUUUGGGCUUACAACUCCAGAGGGAUAAAUCCAUCACAGUGGGAGGCAUGACAGCAAGCAGUCGGCACAAUGUCCAGGGUCAGGAGCAGGAAGCUUAAAAAUCAUAUUUUUUUAAAAAAAAGAUUUAUUUAUUUUAUGUAUAUGAGUACACUGUAGCUGUCUUCAGACACACCAGAAGCGGGCAUGGGACCCCAUUACAGAUGGUUGUGAGCCACCAUGUGGUUGCUGGGAUUGAACUCAGGACCUCUGGAAGAGCAGCCAGUGCUCUUAACUGUUGCACCAUCUCUCCAGCCCCUACAGAUCACAUUUUUUUUUAACAGCAAGCAUAGAUCAAAGAGAGUGAGCUCAUCCCAAACCAUGAGAGCAGUUAAUGAUACUUCCUGUUCCUAUGGUCGCUAUACCUGAAAGAACUAGAUAGCUAAGAUUAUCUCAGCCCCUAGCCCAGCCAUACUUCCUCCGAUGAGGCCACACCUCCUGUGGCAGCUGAGUUUCAUGUCCGUUUGACAGGAACUACAGUUACCUCAGAGGAGAGACCUCAAUUUAGAAAAUGCCUCUGUAAGAUCUAGGUAUGGGAGACCUGUUGCAUAUAUUCUUAAUUAGUGAUUGACGUGGGGGGGGGUACGGUCCAGCCCAUUGUCUAUAAGAUGUAGACUGGGGAUUUGCACAAAGAGUUUAAAUGCCUGAUAUUAUGGGGGACACUCCUCAAUUAAGCCGUCACAGAUAUUUAAAGGUAUCUUACCUCGGCGUAUUCUGACAUGGGUACCUAUACUCCUUGAAUACAUGUGCAUGGAUAAUAGUUCUAGAAACAUAAAUAAUGGGUAUUAUGCAAUGGGUAUUUCUGGAAAGUUACAAAAUACACCAGUAAAAGCAAAGAGGGAGGUACUGGGCAACUGGAAAAGAUGUUUCCUUAAAUAGAUUACCGACUCAUAACGUGUAAGGAAGCAAGUAGAUUCCCCACCCUUGCUCUUGGAAAUAAAAGUUUAGGCCUCACAGAUUACCAAACAAGAGCUCGGCCAUUAAGCUAACAUUGCCAGUGUACUUUAUAACACUAAAAAUUACUUUCAUUUAUUUGUUAUGUAUGUACACAUACAGAAGUGCAUGUCACUCUUUGGUUUUGAUUUUGUUUGAAACAGGGUCUCAUUGUGUAGAUUUGUCUGUCCUGGAGCUCACUAGGUAGACCAGGCUGGCCUUGAACUCAGAGAUCCUGACUACCAGGAAAUAAAGGCCCUGCAUAUCAUACAUUGUAAGAACGAAGGUCAGAGGAUAACUUGAAGGAGCCAGUUCUACUUAUCUCCUUUCACUAUAUAGGUCCCAGGGAUCGACUGGGAUCAUUAGGCUUGGAUGCAAGCAUCUUUAUCCAAUGAGCCAUCUCAUAUUACCCCCUCUUUUGAAACAGAUUCUCACAUGGCCCAGGCUGGCCUUGAACUCACUAUAUAGCCAAGGCUGACUUUGAACUGCUGAUUGUCCUUUCCCCAUCUCUGAAGGACUGAGAUUACAGCCAUGCGCCACAAUACCUGGUUUAUGUGGUGCUGGGAAUUAAAUUAAAGAUGUUACAUUCCCAGGGCACUUGUAGCUGACUUGGGGACAAGACAGACUGCCAUUGUAUCACAGCGCUGGUGUUCAAGAAACCUUUAUUUUACUUAACAGUGGUCCUAAACCAUGAGAGUAGUUAGUGAUGCUGGUUGUCUUUGGUACUUCCUGUUCCUAUGAUGACUAUACCCCAAAGAACAAUGUGAGGAAAGGCUCAUGCUUUCAGAGGGUUGGGUCCUCCAUGGCAGAGAAGACAUGCCAAAGCAGUUCAUAUCAAGAUGAUCUGGGAAUGGGAGAAGGGGAAAGGAUUGAACAUUUGGUAUAACCUCCAAAGAUGUGCACAUAGUGACCUAUUUCCUUCAGCUCUUCCCACCUUCCAAAGUUUCUAGAACCUCCCCUAAAAUGGUGCCAUCAGGGGAUCGAGCCUUCCACACAUGGAACUCUGUGGGGCAUUUAAGAUCUAAACCACAGAGGUGGGCAUUGUAGCCCAAGUCUGUAAUCCCAACAUUUGAGAAAAAAGGACUGUCAUGAGUUCAAAGCCAGCCUGGGAUAGAUGUCAAGUUCCAGUCUAGUCUGAAUACAGAAUAAGAUCCUAUCUCAAAACAUCUGGGGAGAAUGGAAUUUACUUACAAUUCCAGCACCCAGGAGGUGGAAGCAGGAGGAUUUGGAGUUCAAGUCAACCUAGGCUAUGUAUGACUAUCCUGGGCUGCAUGAAAUCCUGUCUGUCUCAAAAACACCAAUGGGUCCAUGGAGAUGGUUUGGCUGGUAAAGACAUUUGCCUGCAUGACUGAUGACCUGAGUUCAAACCCUGAGACCCACAUGAUAGAGGGAGAGAGCUGAUCCCUGCAAGUUAUACUGUAAGCUCCAGAUUAGCACCCACAUGUCUGUACACACACACACACACACACACACACACACACACACACACAGAGAGAGAGAGAGAGAGAGAGAGAGAGAAAGAGAGAAAGAGAGAGACAGAGACAGAGACAGAGACACAGAGACACAGAGAGACAGAGAGAGGGAGGGAGAGAGAGAGAGAGAGAGAGAGAGAGAGAGAGAGAGAGAGAGAGAGAGAGAGAGAAUGGAGACAAUAUCAAUACAGUGAUGGAAAGGCAGAGGAUGUCAGGUAUCCUGGCAGAGUAAACAUGUCAUCUGAAAUUAAGAACUUUGAAUCUUUAGCCAAGUAAAGCAAAAGUGAAAGGAGAAGGCUGAGGGACUAGGAACUUCAGGUGCAAAAUAAGAAAGCAAUCUUGAACCAGGCCGUGGUGGCACAGGCAUUUAAGCACAGGACUCAGGAGGCAGAGGCAGGCAGAUCUGUGAGUUUGAAGCCAACUUGGUCUAUUAGUGAGUUGCAGGAUAGCCAGGACUGCACAGACAAACUCUGUUGAGGAAAAAGAAGAGGAAGUGGAAGAGGAAGAGGAAAAGAAAGAGGAAAAGAAAGCACUCUUGUUGAAGAUCUAAGAAACAAAGAAGUGUUUUUUUUUGUGGUGUGAUUAAGGAUAGCAGAGGUGACUGAUACUUGACUUCUGGGACGUAACCUCAGGUUAGAACAGUAGGUCACUGAGGUCAGAAGCUACCAAACAUUCUCAUGGUUUAGAGCCGAAAAAAAAAUGGGAAGCUUUGUAAAGAUUUGUUUAUUUGUUUGUUUUAUCUUUUUUUUUUAAUGUAUAUCUCUGUAAGUGUGUGAGUAUGUGAAUGCAAAGUCCCUGAAGUCCAGAAGAGGGCACCAGAUCUCCUGGAGUGAGAGUUACAAUUGAUUGUGACCCACCAAUCGUGGGUGCUAGGAACUGAACUCAAGUCCUCUGCAAAAGCAGUAAGAGCAAUUAACCACAAAGCCGUUAGCAGCCCCAUGGAAGCUUUUUCCUUUGUUAAACAACAUCUACACAGCCAGUGGUGUAGGGGAUGCCUUUAAUCCCAGCACUCAGGAGGCAGAGGAAGGUGGAUCUCUGAGUCUGAGGCCGCCUCAGAUAACAUAAAAUCUUGCUCUUCUAGAUAAUCUGAGUUCAGAUCCUAGCACACAUACAAUGGCUCACAACCAUAUGUCAACACGUAGGGUAUCUGAUUCCACCUUCUGGCCUCUAAGAGAUGCUUGUGGUGCACAUAAAUUCACACAUGCAUGCACGCACGCACACACGCACGCACAUACACUAGCAUAAAAAAGUAUUUUAGUUGAAUUGUAAGACAGAAAAAGAUUUGAUGGUUAGUCCAGAAAAUAAAACUUACAGAGUAGGUGUUAGUUGUGAGAACGAAAACCACCUCAUAGUCUGUAUCUCAUUAACUCUUCAGUAACCACCUCUACUAUGUCAUAUGAUAGACCAGAUAGCUGCUUGGUAUCUCUUGGUCAGCCUUUCUCUGGAUACUUCAGGGUUGGCUCAGUGAGCUCUUAAGCAAAGAUGGCUAUGGUCGACCAUAGUGGAUUCAUCUCACCAAUCUUAGCCAGCCACACGUCCACCUUGUUGAUGGCAGCAACACUUGCUGAGGCCCUGAAAGCACAGCUUCCUAGGAAGACCAGUUAGUCAAAUGCCCAGUCUGCUGAGGAUUACAUUGGACCUCUUCCAUCGUGGGUUGGGCAGUAAGUUUUUCUUCCCUGGAAUAAGUAACUCUCUACUUGUUAUUUGCUUUCCUCCCCCUUUGCGCCCCUGCCAAAAGCAGCCUGUGUGCGCACAAUGAAUGGCCCUAUUCACCAUUCACCGUCGCGUUCAACCACAUAAUACUGCUUCUGAUCAAGGAAGUCCGUUUACUUGGAAGCUGGUAUGAGUUUGGAGAGGGGUUGCUCACGUCCUGCGAGCCCCUAGAAAACAAGCACAGCCUGUUGGACGGGGAGUCGUAGUGAUGGGUUUGGGACAUUUGGGUGGGGGUUCUGUCCUAAAAGGUGGGCUAAACACUGAACCAGUAGCACAUACCCAAUCACAGGUUACACAGACCUGGGAAGCCAAGGGUUACAUUUCCCCAAAAUUACACCCUGUGACUCACUCUUCAAAUGUUUGCAAACUGGGCAGGGGAGAGAGCUCAGUGAUACCGUGCUCACUCUAGCGUUUUUUUUGGUUUUUUUGUUUUUUUUGAGGUAGGGGGUUCAAUCUUCAGUAACACACACUUACAUACCCCAGGUGCUUGUGUCUUGUUCAUGCUACCCUGGGCACUGAGACAUUUUGCUUUUUGUUUGUUUUACAUUUAUGUUUGGGGGGCGGUGGUGGUGGUGGUGCGUGCCAUUGCAUGACACGACGAGCCUGUGUCAGUCAGAGGAAAACUUUUGGGAAUCAGUUCUCUCCUCUACCACAUGGGUCCUAGAUGAGCAACACAAACCAUCAGGCUUGGCUCGACCCACUGAGCCAUCUCAGUACCUACACAGGAAAUACCUCCGCCACAGGACAGAGCACUGUAAGUGGAUAAAGGACUAGCCAACCAAACCUGAUGACCUUCGAUUCUCCGAUCCCAUUCACUAGGAGAUAACUGACUCCCACAAGUUGUCCUCUGACUUCCACAUUUGCACUGUCACACAUAAAGUGUGUGUGUGUGUGUGUGUGUGUGUGUGUGUGUGUGUGUGUGUGUGUGUGUUUAAACUAACCCAAACCCUCCCUUUUGCAGGGCAUAAAAUGACAAAAAGGGUCUGUUUCCGUGCCUCUUCCCAGACAUGCAAAGUGAGCACACAGCUCUUCGCCUACCCAUCCCUACCUUGGUCCCCACCCCCACUUCUGCAAAGCACGAAGCAAGCGCCCAGGUCCCCUCUUCAGCUCCUCCCUCCUCUGUAGGACACGGAGCUGGCCGUAGUGAGCUCCUGGACCCUUUGGACCCCUCACUUCGCGAAGCUCCCGGUUUUCUCUCUAGAGCUAGGUCUAUAAGCCUCUUCAAUCUUCCUGGAAGGUGACCAGAAGCAGCCGUGGGGAAGAGACAAGCUGCCGCAGCCGCAGCCAUCAGCAGCCACCGCCACUAGGCCCCGCCCAGGAGCAGCAGAUCAGGGCCGCGCCCGAGACCGCUGCCGAGCGGGGGCUUCUGAUCUGCCUUUUCCAGGUGUGCAACCCAAUCGGCCUUCGCAGCCGGAACUUUCUCCUUCCGAUCCUCUGUUAAGGAAGCAGCCAUGCCGGUCACAGUCACCCGUACAACCAUCACAACUACAUCAUCAUCCUCCACCACUGUGGGGUCCGCCCGGGCGCUGACCCAGCCCCUGGGCCUCCUCCGCCUCCUGCAGCUAGUAUCCACCUGUGUGGCUUUCUCACUGGUGGCCAGUGUGGGUGCUUGGACAGGGCCCAUGGGUAACUGGGCCAUGUUCACCUGGUGUUUCUGCUUUGCUGUUACCCUCAUCAUCCUGAUUGUGGAGUUAGGUGGAUUCCAGGCCCGCUUCCCCCUGUCAUGGCGAAACUUCCCUAUCACCUUCGCCUGUUACGCGGCCCUCUUCUGCCUGUCGUCUUCCAUCAUCUAUCCCACCACCUACGUGCAGUUCCUACCUCACGGACGUUCCCGGGACCACGCCAUCGCUGCCACCACCUUCUCCUGCGUUGCCUGUUUGGCGUAUGCUACUGAAGUGGCCUGGACUCGUGCAAGGCCUGGUGAGAUCACUGGCUACAUGGCUACCGUGCCAGGGCUGCUCAAAGUGUUCGAGACCUUCGUAGCCUGCAUCAUCUUUGCCUUCAUCAGUGAGCCGAGCCUGUACCAGCAAAGGCCGGCCCUGGAAUGGUGUGUGGCAGUCUAUGCCAUCUGCUUCAUCCUAGCAGCAGUGACCGUCCUACUCAACCUGGGGGAUUGUACCAACAUGCUGCCCAUCCCUUUCCCUACCUUCCUGUCAGGCCUGGCCUUACUGUCUGUGCUCCUUUACGCCACUGCCAUCGUCCUCUGGCCCCUCUACCAAUUUGAUCAGAGGUAUAACAGCCAACCCCGCCGUUCAAUGGAUCCAAGCUGCUCUCGUAGUUAUGUACAACCCAAUGAAGUGUGUAACUGGGACCGACGGCUGGCGGUGUCCAUCCUGACAGGUAUCAACCUGCUGGCAUAUGUGUCUGAUCUGGUGUAUUCCACCCGUCUGGUGUUCGUCAAGGUCUAAGUUUGACAAGGGGCUCCCUUCCCCUUCUCUCCUUGUAGCCUCUUCAAUCUGAUUACCCAGGUGAUUGGUAUCGGCCUGUUUUCUCCUCAUCUCCCACCCGUUUCCUCCUCCCUGUUGGAUACGUAUGCUCUUCCUUAUUCCCUGUUUCCUUCUCCAUCCCUUUCUUAACCUUUCCUCUUCUGGUAUGCCUGUUUUACCCAUGAGCUGUGGCUUCACAGCUUACCUCCUUCAUUUUUCUAUCUCUAUAGUCUUUCCUGUGGGUUCUGUCACCUGCCUGUUUUCUUGGGAGCCCUCAGAAUUCUUGCUUUUUCUUCCUUACCCCUCAAAGGUGCUGGCCCCACACAUCCCACACUCCUUUGCAGUUACCCACGCUCCUUUGCAGUUCUUCACCCCAUGGGCCUCUUUAGGGGCCUCAUUGCCAAAGCAUGCCUGCCUGCCUGCCUGCCUGCCUUUGCUGUGCCUUAGUCAGUAUGUAUGGAAGUGUGUGUGUGUGUGUGUGUGUGUGUGUGUGUGUGUGUGUGUGUGUGUGUGUUAAGGGGUUUGGGAAGGAGGCCAUGUAGUGUCCCUCUCUCCUUUAAGUUCAAACCAAAAUAAACAAAAUUCUGGAGGUCAGCAAUUCCCAGUGGGCAGGAGUCAUCUUUAUGCACAGAGUGUCUGCCUCUACCUGUCACUCAGCUUUGCAUCAAAGUGGCUCUAGGUUUUUCUUUUACCGAAAGCCCACUACCUAGAGGCUACCUUAGAUGAAGCGAUGGAUGGACACCUUUGCCUAAAUUAUUCUUCGUGCUAUUCAAACAAACAAACCCACCAAAAAUAUCCACAUGGGACCUCUCUCUUCCCGACACCCCCUCCCCUGCUUCUCUGUCCGGGUUUUUUGAGACAGGUUUCUCUGUGUAGCCUUGGCUAUCCUGAAUUUGCUCUGUAGAUCAGGCUGCCCUGUAAUUCAAGAUUAUCUGCCCACUUGUGCCUCCCUAGUGCUGGGAUUAAAGGUGUGCGCCAUCACUGCCCAGCCACCCACAUGGUCUUAAAGACAACUCUGAAGUGUUUCUGAGGGGCAGUAAUGGCGGCCAUCUUAUCUCAGUGUUAAAAAUAACAUGGUCUGGUUUAGCAGGGAUGAGAAGAGAAAUGGCCUCUGUCGGCCUUAAAGGCACUAUGAUCCUCUUUUCCUUUUCUGAACACGGAGACAAGAGCAAACAACUAAGAAGCUCUUUUGUUUUUUUUUAUUUUUGUAAAUAGCUUUGGAGAUGUUCUUAAUGUAGCCCAAGCUGGUCUCAAACUUAAUUGUGUCGCUAAGGCUUCCAUUGAACCCUUAUCUUAACGUCUCCACCGUCCAGGUGCUGAGAUUACAGAUGUGCCACAGUACCCCAGUUGUGCAGCCCCAUUUAAGAGGGAAGUUUCUUAAACAUCUUUUCUUGGGGGUGGGGGCUGGGCUUGGGGUGGGUUAUCAGGAUUGGAAUGGCUUGUGUGUGCUGUACAUGAACCCAGGUCCUUGUGUGCUAGUUGCUUCUUGCUGCUGCUUUCUGCUUCUCUGGGACUCACAUGCAUUACUUGGUAUAUAUAUAUAUAUAUAAAUGUAUAAAUAUAUAUUUUAUUUUUUUUUAAUUUUCUGGAGCUUUGGGUUUCUAUAGCACCUGCUGUCAGUCAUCCUUUCCCACCCCUCACAUCUAUAAUGUUCUUUUUUUUAAAAAAAAAAUCUCAAUAUAAAGAUGA